AGCAUUAAGGGAGAGGCUCCACCCACACAGUUAUGUCAUUACCAGGGCUGUGGGUGAUUGGCUGUCUGGGACUGUUCAAUAGGGGGCAUUGAAAAGGGGAGACCUAGGCUGUGGGGUUUGUUGUGUGAAAUUAUGCUCGGGACACCUGGGUUCUAUUUCCAGCUCUGGGAGGGGAGCAGAGACUAGUGGUUAGAGCAGGAGGGCUGGGAGUCAAGACUCCUGGGUUGUAUUCUGGGCCUGGGGAGGGGAGCGAGGACUAGUGGUUAGAGCAGGAGGGGGGAGGAAGGCUGUGGAUCAGGACUCCUGGGUUCUAUCACCAGUUCAUACAAGGUCCUGAGCUGGCAGUUCUUAACCAGGACACAGGACAGAGCACAGAUAGACUCCAGUCUGGGAAAUUGUUAAAUCCUGCUUUCCUAAAGGCCCUUGGCUGCUUCUCUUCCAUACUACGUUCUUCCUCAUGUCCAGUUCCAAACUGCAGGUCAGCCGUGAUCACCUUCCACCCGAGGCACGGCUGUGUUAGAUGAAGUGAUAAAAAUGAGGAGGGAUCUCCCCAAGGUGUGAUAUAACUAUAAAGUAAAAUACAUUAUGGUGAAAUGGGAUCCGUCCCUCAGGCCAAAAGAUAUCAGCAUGCCUUGUGCUCUGAAACUGCUGUUCGAACGCUAAUAAGUACAGGGAUUAUUUGCCCACCAGUGAAAUGGAGCCACCUCUGGGGUGGACCGUGGCAGCUAUUUAUACAGGGAAUCACUCACACAGCACUGAAAUGCAGCCACUUCUGAGGUGUAGCAUGGUAGCUGUUUAACAGCACAGCAAGGCUGCAAAGCAGUUCAGGACAGGAGAAUCUAGCUAGCUAGUGGUUUCUGGCUGUCUAGUCGCCAUUCAAGGAAGCUAGCCAUGGGAGUCAUGGUCUGGGAGUUUUCUUUGCAACCCUAAGACCCUUUGUUAUUUAUUUUAAUGAAAGCCCGACAUCUGCACAGCCUGCUAGCACAGCUCUUGUGUUGCUCUUUGGGUGCAGCCCUGCACCCCCAUUCCAGUGAAGGGGACGGGAUAAGUAGGUCUAGAAAGAGGUAGCCUGGUUUAUUGGCUAGGACACUGCACAAGGACUUGGGACUCCUGGGUUCUAUUUCCAACCCUGCUGUCUGACCUUGAGCAAAUCUGUUCCUCAGUUUCCCCUCCCAGUCGGUGUCUACUGAGAUGGUGUGCACCCAGCACAGUGCGACCCUGGACUCGGACUGGGGCCUGAGCACUACAUUAAUACACAUACUAUGUGACUACAGAGUUUUGAAGAUCUUGGUUGAGGUCAGACAAGGUUACAUUUUCAAAUCCAGGUUACGAUGUCUAAUCAGGAAUGUGAAAGUCCAGAGCCAGAAGAGGAGCAGGCUAAACCGGACAGCCCGUUCUUUGAUGAUAUAGAAAAACGUGAAUUACAUAGUGAGAUCCUGUCCAGGAAGGAAUCGCCCAGCACAUCUCUGCUCUGCCCCACUGCAGAUGCGCCUGUAGCAGCAUUGGAUGGCAAGUCAUCCAAUUAUUUUGCAACCCUGGAUUCAAACAUUGAAAAUCUGCAGAAAAGAACGCAGCAGCUGAUUGAGAAGAUCAACGAGAACCGGAAGAAAGACCACACUGUCAUGAGCAAUUUCAGGGAGAGCCUCCUGCUGAAGGUUUCGAGUUUGGCGGAGAAGCUGGAGGAAAUGAUGUUUCUCAUUUACGAUCGCCAUAACAAGCAAAUGCAGGAUAAACUCCAAGAGCUCUCGGAGAUAAUGGAGAGGAUCAGCCAGACCCAAACUGAGCUCAGACAAGUCUGCCACACUGUGGAGGCAGCUUAUAAAGACUUGUGUGUGCAGCCGGAGAUGUGAGAACACUGGGAAGAAAGGCCAGCUGGAAUCAAAAGCCCAAAGGAACCAUUCAAACCAUCGUGUAGCCACUAUUCUGAUGCAAAAGGAAAAAUAAGACUACAGGUCAGAUAAGGGCCCCUUUUUCUACUCCUGUUGCAGUUUGUUUAAUUGUUAAAGUUGUUUUAAAAACUCCUGAACUUUCAAGCUGAUAGUGUCCUAAAGGGCAUGAAGCCAGACAGGUGAAAAACCACGGCUGUUAAGAGUCAAUCUUCAUAAAAGUGGGAAUAAGUCUUACCUACGUGGGAGGGAAUGGUGAGAUGUGAUUAAAGCCCACUGACGAUAUGAAAGGAUCAUGCAAUGGCCAAUGGCUGUUGUCAAACUUCUGCCCCCUGCUGCCUUUGAAAUGUCUUUCUUCCAGUGUGGCAGGGGGAGAUUGUCGUCGCUAGCUCUCUCCUAGCACUGUUUAUUGUAAAAGGCAUUUUAUAAAGAUUACAUGAAUGUUACAUUCCACUUUGCUGGUUUAUCAAUAGCUGUAAACAUGUCUCCUUCAGUGACUUGCCUGUUUGUUAUUUCCAACCGCUAUCUGUGCUGAUAUGAAAAACACAAUGGGAUUUAAAGCAAAAAUAUAAGAUUCUGUCACUCAGUUUUUUUUUACAGGAGAACAGAGUUUAAGCUGCUGUUCCUGAUAAGCCCUUAUUAUUCUCAAA